UGUCCCAGUGCCCUCAUAACAGCAGCCAUCGUCUCCCAAUUUACACUGUCUGGUCAUUGGAUCGCCGUAUACACGGCCUGUGGAUGUGCCUGUCUCCUCGGUAAUGCUGAUCUUACCCAACACCUAGGUCUGGGUUUCAAUAAGAAGUUGAAUCGGAUUAACCACUCCACUUUUGUCUGCGCCCUAUUCAUCCGUGACAAAGACGCACACUGCGUGGGCUUCACCAACAAUAUCUGCGCUGCGAUUUGCGAUCCCUUCCGCAAAGGUCAUUUAGAGGAGGAGAUGGACGAUUCCUACGACGUUUUCGAAGCUGACGUGACCCCAUCAAUAAACUUGCAAAAAAAUGCCUAA